GUCAAUCUGGUCGGAGUUUGUGAUUUUGCUAAGUGCUCCAAAAUGGUUUCCCUCAAAGCUUCCCGCGUGAUCGGCUACAGCUAUGCUGGAAUUUGCCUGGUAUGCUCGUUGCUGCUCAUCAUCAACUCGGGACACAUGGUGAAGGUGAACGACCGAUCAUCCGGACGCAGCACCGUCAGCGUUACAUGUGUGCUGACACUUGUUUUUUCACUGAUUUCGAUGGUCUUCAACAUUCUUUUAGUUUUUGGCUUGUUCAUGCAUCGAGCAAACUUUGUCAAGUAUUACCUUCGAUUUGUGACAACAGUCUACGCGUUCGUAUCGAUUGGGCUGUUCAUCGGUUGCAUCGUGGUGGGGAUCGUAAUUAGUGAUGACGUCAGAACAUCUUAUGUAGAAGAUUUGAGUAUAAGUCUGGUUGGUGCAACGGUUGGAUUUUGUAUUCUAAUUACUCUAGAAACUCUGUGGUACAUUCUGGUCGUAUGGAUCCUGAAGCGUGUGAUUGAAGUCAUUAGGCAUGAUGCUGCUCAGAUUGCUGCCGGAGAUGAUGGUGUUAUCAUUCCGGAUUUAAUUUAGAGAAUUUGAUAUGCAAUAGCAAUAAUGAAUAAAUUUCGAGGAAAUCUUUAUGAUGAACAUAAA